AUGCAUCAGCAGCUGCUCAAGAGUCAGCAGCAGCAGCAGCAGCAGCAGGAAGCAUACGAAGCAGCUCACACAGGCCCCGAGGACCGCCAGGCUGCCCAGCUGCGCCAGCAGGAGCAGCAGCAGCAGCAGCAGCAGCUUCAGCACCACCAGCAGCACUGGCAGCAGCUGCAGCUCCAGCAACUCCAGGAGCAGCAGCAGCAGCAGCAGGUCAGCAUUUUGCUUCCGCAGCCGCUGCAGAGCGGGCCUGUCCUUCAGCUGCAGCAGCAGCAGCAGCAGCAGCGCUACUGCCUCAACCGCCUAAGUGGCUUGGAAGCAGCAAACGCCAGGUACGGCCUUUUCUGCACGGGCGCUGCUGCAGCAGCAGUCGGUGACCCCGCAGCAGCAGCAGCAGCAGGUGCAGCAGCAGCAGAAACUCUGUCCCCCCCAACAGCAACAACUCACUACAGCAGCACGCAGCAGCACCCUGCAGCGGAAGACCUCGAGGGGGCCUUUACUCCCCUAGCAGAGUCUGUGGGAUCGUCUCCUCCGAGCCAGCAGCAGCAGCAGCAGCUGCUUCUGCAUGCAGCAGCAGCCCCAGAGCUGGACGCGGACGGGAAGAACACGAGCCUCCGGACCCUCCGGAUUUGUCAGCAGCUCCAGCUGCUGCAGCAGCAGCAGCAGCAGCAGUUCCGGCGGAGCGUGACGCACCAUCCGCAGCUGCAGCAGCUGCAGCAGCUGCAGCAGCACCUGCUGCACCGCGCCGCCGUAGAGCGGUCCCCGCUGCUGCUGCAGCGCCAGAAAUUAGGAAUUGAUUCCGAGAGUCUUUUUUCCCCUUGCGCCAUUGACGGCACUCCCCGAUCGCUCCAGCAGCAGCAGCAGCAGCAGCAGCAGCGGCUGCACCACAAGCGUCAGAAUAGCUGCGAGCACAUAAGUGUGGCUCAGCAGCAGCAGCUGCAGCAGCAGCAGCAGCAGCAGCA